AUGAGCCAGGACGUCCGCCCAUCUCUUCUCCUCCUUCCGUACCCUCCCGACCCCAUUACACGCGACUCUCUCAACGCCGCGUAUCGACCUUCCAUCAAGGCCACGCUUCAGAAGUUAAACAACUCGAAUGGUGGCACUCAACUCAUCAUUGCAGUCGCCUGCCCCAUACUAUCCGGCCAGUUCAUUCGAUCUAAGACCCUGUCAUGGCCCCAGGCCCAGACCUUGGUGGCCGGCAUUUACGGGGUCAUCUCAGUCCUAUGUGCUCAGCUUUCUAUCGGCACAGAAGUGAAUGGCGGGCCCCAUUCUGUCGACUCCACUGUUGUUCUCAUCGAUGACGACCGGAAUAAGCACUAUAGAGAGGACUUCCGCCCUGCCAUCGAUCCCAACAACACCGCCAUCGUCGAUAUGGCCACUUUCGCCUCGGCUUACUACCCCUGGGACAACAUCUUUACCGUUAGAAGCGAGUUGGGAUACCAGGUGGCCCAGCCCUACCUGAAAUUUGCCGAAGGGAAGCAGAACCUGUUGCAGUCUCAACUAGUUCCUGUGGAGGGUGGCUUGGUGCUGAACAUUGCAAACAACAACUCCCUGAGCGGACCCGCGCAAACAUCAACCUACCCCACGGUCUGUCUGGGUGGUACAUUCGAUUAUCUGCACCCGGGCCACAAACUCCUUCUAACAGCCGGCGCCCUCCUUCUCCAGGUCCCUCGAACGAGCGACCUCACCACCACGCCGCCUAGCCAGUACAUCAUUGGCAUCACUGGCGAUGAGAUGUUACGGAACAAGAAAUUCGCCGAAUUCGUCCAGCCCUGGGAAGAGCGGGCCCGCAACGUGCUGGCCUUCCUCGCUCAGCUCCUUGAACUCUCGCCCCGGGGUUGGAAAGACGGACCACGUCUCCAGAUCGAGGAAAGCGACGGCGACUUUCAGGCAACUUUCCGCGACGGCACUAUUCGGGUCCAAUGCGUACGUAUACAGGACGCGUUUGGGCCGACUAUCACAGUCGAGGGUAUUGACGCUUUGGUUGUGUCAGGCGAAACGAGGUCCGGGGGUAAAGCCGUCAAUGAUAAGCGCGCUGAGAAGGGCUGGCAUGUGCUGGAUGUUUUUGAGGUGGAUGUGCUCGAUGCAAAGGAGAAGGAGGACGUGGGGGAAGAGCCAACUAAGACUGAAGACUUUGCGUCUAAAAUCAGCAGCACGGCGAUCCGGCAGCAGAGGGCCGCGAAGGCUCAGACCAAAAUAUAA